AUGGAAAAAUCUUCACAACAAAAAGCUUAUCCAAAAAGGAUUCAACCUUUCGUCAUAGAAGAUUGGGAAUUGAUUCGCUCGCCACAAUAUCGUAAAGCAGUCAGAUAUCGUUUAUAUAAUGAUUUUCCGGAUAUUUGGAAAUCAACCAUCAAAGCUGUUUUGGCCGAGAAUAAUUUUGAUUAUAGAAAAAGUUAUGAUAAACUUAAAGAUUUGUCUCAUAAUAAUAGUUAUUGGUGGAAUUCUAUAUUUAGCGUUUUUAAGCGCAAAAAAUAUAUCGAUAUAGAUGAUAAAGAUUUAAUUAGCGAAGUUUAUAAAUUAAAAUCUCUCCAGCUAGAUGAAUUAUCUCGUAAUGAUCACAAAAUAGCAAAACAAAUUAAUUUCACCGAAUACACCCAAAACAAUCAACUAAUCACUUGUGGUUGUUGCUAUGGUGAUUAUCCUUUCGAAGAUUUCACGUGUUGUAACGAGGGUCAUUUAUUCUGUAAAGAAUGUAUAAAUCAUUUAGUACAAGAAGGUUUAUACGGUCAAGUAUAG